CAAAGGAGAAAGCCUAGCACCGAAAUAAAGAUUUUUCUGACACUUGUCAAAACCUUUCCUCAAAUGUUGUUCAUGUCCUUCAAAUUCCAUAAAUUUCAUCUGCUUUCAACCCCAAUCAUCCUCAAAAUCCGAGUUUUAAAGCUAGAUUCUUUCAUCCUUUUGUCAUGCAAUCCAUCUGUUUGAUCUUUUGUCUCACUGAAUUUUCUUGAUAUUUUUCUUUUCCGAUUCUUGGUUUUACUGUGCUUCACUGCAAAACGUGAUAAACCCUAUUUGAGAUUUCAGAAAAAAUUGCGACCCAUCAAAAAAUAUUGGUUGAGUAUAUAAUUAUUUCUCUUUUGGAUCUUAUAUGGCUGGUUUCAUUUUGGGGAUUUACCUUGAAAUCUGAUGAACCCAUUUGAGAUUCGAUUGAAAAGAUUGCAACCCAUCAAUUAGUUUGGUUGAUUAUAGAGAGAUAUAUUAAUCAUGGAUGCUUUCUUGUCGGUUAUUAAGGAGGAAUACCCAUCAGGUGGAUCAAGUGCUAACGGAAAGCAACCGAUGGUGGUUCAAGUGCCACAGCCAAUAGAGGGUCUUCAUGAUUCUGGACCCCCAUCUUUCUUGACUAAAGUUUAUGACAUGGUGGAUCACCCAGAUUUAGAUCGCAUUUUGUCUUGGAGUAGAGGAGGUCAAAGCUUUGUGGUUUGGGAUCCACAAGCUUUCUCUACUAAUCUCCUUCCAAGAUACUUCAAGCACAAUAAUUUAUCCAGCUUCAUCAGACAGCUCAAUACCUAUGGUUUUAGAAAGAUCGAUCCUGACAUAUGGGAGUUUGCUAACGAAGCGUUCUUGAGGGGCCAAAGGCAUAUAUUGAAGAACAUUAAAAGACGAAAGGCCCCUUCUCAUACUCCUCCACAACAACAACCUAAUAAUACUUGUGUCGAGGUUGGAAGAUUCGGAUUAAAUGGAGAAGUCGAACGUUUACAACGCGAUAAACAAGUUCUUAUGAUGGAAUUAGUGAAGCUCAGACAACAACAGCAAAACACCAGAGCCCAUCUCCAAGAAAUGGAGCACAGACUACUAGGAACUGAAAAAAAGCAGCAAAAAAUGAUGAGUUUCUUGGCAAAAGAUUUGCAAAAUCCCUACUUCCUUCAAAAGCUAUCCCGGCAUGGCAAAAAAAACAAACUUGAAGAAGCCAUGAUCAAGAAACGAAGAAGACCAAUCGAUCAAGGGCCUAGUUGUGUUAUAAGUGGAGAAUCAUCCAAAAAAGGUGAAGAGUUUGAGGAUCUUUCGGAUUUUCAAGUGUCUGAGCUUGAAGAACUCGCUUUGGAAAUGCAAGGUAUUGGUAGAGCAAAAAGAACGCAAGUGGAAGAACAAAAAGAGAUUGGUGAAGGGAAAGAUUUUGAAGAGGAAUUCUGGGAAGAGUUAUUUAGUGAACGAUUUGACAUGACUGCAAGUGAAGGUGGCCAGGCCAAUGUGUUGGAUUUCUUGGGUUUGGGUGCAAAGUGAAAAAAGAAUGCAAUUUCUCCAUUGCUAAUAGUCUUUAAGACAUUACUAACCAUUUUCUUGAUAUCCAUUGGUAAUUUAACUUGUUCGUUCUUGAUCUUUGUAGUUAGGUACACGGGAUCACCACAAGAACCAUUGUGAUGAUGAUCAAGAUAUUGAUGGUUUUGGACAAAUUCAUUACAUUGUGGAUGAUCUUAUAUGGUUUGUUGAUAUCAAUCGGAUUCGGUAUAAUGCCACUGUGGUUCUUAUGAAUUGAACUUCAUCUAGAUUUGGAUUUUCUUGCCAUCAAUAAAAAGGAUAUAGAAUCCCAAAAAGCAUAACUUGUUCCCAUUGUUCUCAUCUCAUGUUUUAUUUAUUCUUUGUUUGAGUUGAUUAAUAUCCUCUCAUAUAUCAUCCUUUCUUGAUCAUCAGAUUGGAAUCAUUUCCUUACCCAGAAGAUAUAAUUUGAAGAUUCCUUGGCUGCAACUUGGGACUCGUCUAAAUCUGUAACUAAUUUUGUUGUCAAAACUUUUGAAGUUUUAGUUUAUGAAUAUGAUGAGGAAGACUUUUGACACAUCUACCACAAGGGUGUUGCAAAAUGGUUAUUUGUAAUAAACAAGCUAUAGGUUAUGGUGUUUAGAUGUGUUUUUGUGUUUGAAAUUAUAACAAUAUAAUUAGAU